AUGGCAACUCCAAAAAUUGUCUCAUCUACGGCCACAACUAUCAGUGAUUUAGGAAAAGAGCUUUCCGCGGCAAAAGCAAGAGUCAUUACCCUAGAGCAGGAGGUCUUAUCCGGACGACGAGAAAUUGCUCAAGAAGCAUCUAAGCAGGAAGCACUGUUACAGGAAACAAAACGUCUGCAACAUACUAUAUCAACUAUGUCUCUGAGCAUUGAGAAUCUAAUACAGGAGUUACAAAAAUCGCAUCGGGAAAAAUCUGCGAUUGACUUUGCAAAUCGAAGCAUGGCAACUGACAUUCACAACACGCGAAUGAAGAUGGCGGAGAUGGAUAGCCAGUUAAGGAUCACGAUUCAACAGCUAACAGCAGCGAGUUCGGAUUCCAUGAAGAUGAGGAAUCACAUUAUGGAACUGCAGAAGUCCGUCUCCGCUGCGGAGGGCAUGGCUAAUAGGGCCAGGUUGUCUGAAAGCGAAUUGGCACAAAGUCUGGACCACUAUAAGCAUCAGUCAGCCUCUAUGGCCAGUUAUAUCACGGUCUUGACAAGCAAUUACAUCCCAAAGCUUGAAGAGUUUGCGAUGAAGCAACCAGAAGAGUCCUACACAAAGCGCAACGUGGAUGCGCAGCUCGCCGAGGCCAAGUCGCAGAUCAAUGUGAUCAAGAAAGAUCUCAGAAGAAGUCGCAAGGACGCAAAGAAUUUUCGGAAGCAGAAUUGGAAUGGGAAAGCAAGAAAAGCGAAACCUUUCCCCGAAACCAGGCUAGGCAUGGUUAUGAAGGAUACAAACAGGGUCGUCAGUGGAGAACCUAUGGAGCAGUCAGAGUACAUUCAAGUAGACGUCAGUCGCGCACCGCCAAUGGAGAAGAUUGGGGAGGUAACGCAUCCAAAGAUGGGUGCCAAUACCGAGGAGGAAGAAGGAGGAGAGUCGAUGAAGGACUCAAGGAAGUCAGAAAACUCGAUACGAAACGGAGAGAACGAUUGCACCUCCUAUGUACAUAUUUACAAGGGUCUGCCGUCUCCUACGCCCCUAUUCGAGGACAAGCCGCAACCGGGUGCAGACUUUGCUGAGACUUCUGAUGUCGAAUGUGUCCAGAUCGCACAGCAAGCGGAACGAAUUCGCAAGCUCGAGGCCAAGAACGAAGGAUUGGAGAAUGAAAUCGACAAGUUGAGGAGCAAUGUUUGUCAGAUAACAAAAGAUUCGGAGCAGCUGAAGCAACAAGUCAGUUAUCAUCAAGGCCAAAGCUUCAUGGAGGGAUACGAAAUCCUCAAGGCUCUUGGUCGAAAUCGGCGGCAGCUUGUUUGCCAUAUUUUCGACGGCAUACUCCGUAUAAUAACACCGGAUGAUAUUGACGAAGUUCCCCACGCAAACCGUACAAUCGCCACUUUGGAGGGCUUCUAUGCCAGUGUGGGAGGCCGCCUCACUCUCUAUGUGCAACAAGCCGACAAGGACGCCGUUUUGUUCAGGGAGCUUCUCGACAGGAUGUGGGAACUGACACCUGCCUCCUUUCAGGUUGGCGGUCUGGUUGAGCCACGAGAUGUAUUCAGCAAAAUCAUCGCUCUCAGGAGAAUUGUGCAAUCCCUUCGCAAAGACGCUUGGCGUGAGCUUGCCGGGCAGGAUGAUCACUACUCGAUGAGUUUUCUGAGGCCCAACGAACUUUUAUUUCCCGUCCCUACGAAUGGACAGCCUCCCCGAUCCCAGCAAGCUUACGUUGUCAGAAUCACGUUUUUCCUUGCUUUGAUCUCUGUUACUUUAUGGACAUGUAAUUGGCUGCCAAUCAGUUUCCGGCCAUUGCUGUGUCUCUUUAUGUUGCGAUUUGGAGCACUCUGGAUCGAACGCAUCGAAGCAACUAUGGAAGAUGAAGGAUGCAAGCACUUGCAGUCAGUGUGCAACAGAGGCCUGGAUGAUGGACAUACAUCAAAGAUAUCUGACCGAAACGGAAACACAGUGAGACAGCUGACCGGGUUACUUACUCAAGCAGAUAAGAAUGCACUGGAGGCGUUAUCGCCUAAGCUCGGCCUGCAAGGUAAAUUGGGUGGAAAAAAGAAAGAGAGGAAGGUGAAGUGUUAG